CCAAUUUUGUAUCGAUUACAGCAUGGAGUUUGUAGCUGUACCCCUUUAAGGUACACGCACAUCGAUUUGUACGGCCAUCUACCUCAGUCUCAUUGCAUCCCGUAUAGCGGCAAUCCCGUCUUAGCUAUGUCCUAUUGCUAUCUGAUCCAAGGAAAAUGUCUGACACUGCGAAAUGAUCUUCCCUACGAAAUGCAAUACGUUUGCGAACUCGACUGUAAGCCCGUCUGUAUAUCGCCCUGCCCGCCCUGCAAAGUUUCCUGUGAUUCCCAUGGAACGCCUUGUCCGCCGAUCACCAGAUGCCCCACUUAUUCAAAUACGAAGUCCUGUGAGCGUCAAGCGCAAUCCUAUCCACCUGCCCAAUCUGCGUCGUUGUGUCAACCCUGUCCAUCUAAUACAGAAACGAUGUACCAGGGAGCAAUGUGUCAACCAAAUGUCCAAAGAAACGAAUUGAACCCGCGCGCCUGACAAUAUGUCAAGUUACGAGAUAUUCAUGUGAUAUGAAGAUUUAUGAGGACCAUUUGUGUAUGGCGAGUCGUUAAUCUCGCUAUCGAUCGAAGUCGAUUUUUACUAACGUUUUAUUUGAUUUACUUUAUAGCACUAUGUUAUUUGAUAUAAUGUAUACAUUUGUGAGAAUAAAAAAUAUAU